AGUUUGUGUAAUGUUUUUAUGCGGUACGGAUAAAAAUAAAACUUUUAUCAACAAUUUCGUCGGGAAAAACGUCACGGGCAGGUAGACGCUGUCAAUUAGACGCCUUAAGCAACGCCACCUGACGGGACAUAGUCAACAAAAAUCCUCUCCUCAGACGGCAACGAAAGUUACCAUGACUACUCACGGUGGGAAGAGUACAAGGAGACAGGACGUUCCUCGUUUGGGAACGUCACUUUGGCCAUCACCUAAUGACCUUGACCUCUCUCCCAGAAAAGUUCGACCAGCUAACGCCUACGCCUUAUUUGCUUUUAAACAAGAUGUUAGAGCAGACUCAAACGGAUUUGUAAGAGUAGAUACUCUAAGAGACGGCGGAACAGCGAAAAUGGCAAUUUCCAAAUCUGAUUCGUUUGAAACCGGUUGCUUUGGAUGUGUCUCAAAAAGAAAAGGACAAAAAGAUAAACUAACCGGCUUGGUUCCGGAAGUGACGAAAUCUAACGGCGUGCUAUCUUGUGACAUCGACUCUAAACAAGAAAUAGCCAAGGAACAGAACAUGCCAAAUGAAGAAGUCGAUCAAUUUGUAGAAUCUAAGCAAAAUGCUAGCGAAACUGCUUAUGAGAAUCGGUUGGCUGUAGUUUUUAAGGAGAUUUUAUCUGAAUUAUCUAUUCAUAAUUUUGAUGCUAUUAAGUUUGCUUCUUAUCGUACGGCUUCAAAGCUACGUUACGUCCAAAAAAGAACUUUUCUUCACCAAAUCGAUAUUUGGAACGUUAUUGAAGCGUUUCGAGAGGGAAAUCUCAAUGCUCCUGCUAGACCGGAUAUUUUAUCGAUAAACUACGCUAUAAGCGUUUUAAAUAGGUUAUAUAGUCAGUUAAAAUUACGAAUAAGUUCUCUUUUGGACUUUUCACCGGAACAAUGUAUAGAAAAACUAGCAUCUAUACUCUACGGUGCUUUCGCCUCUCAGGAUAAUAUCCUCCGUACAAAUGCCUUUAAAGUCGGUUUAGUUUGUUUGUGCAAUAGUAAAUUAUCGGAUAAACUUCGAUAUCUUUUCACUCUGUGCGCCGAUUCGGACGGCUCCUUAGAUCGACAUGCCUUCGAUCAAGUUAUUCAAGAUUUACUAGCCGUUCCCAGUUGUUUGAGAGAAGCACCUUCUUUCGGCUAUUCCGCGGCUAUUGCUGCUAGCUGUUUUGCAGAGCACCAGUCAGUUGAUCUCCCGCAAUUUUUAGAAACUCUCUGUACCUCAACUAACCCACCGCAAUUUCUUAGUUGGUUACACGUACUUUGGCGGAUUUCGUCUGCAGAAAGCGUUUCACACACGAAUAGCGUCUGCCAAGUUUGUAAUAGACGCGAUUUUAACGGAUUGCGUUAUUUAUGCAAUAUAUGUAGUGGUAAAUAUACUCUAUGUCAAAGUUGUUUUUGGAGAGGAAGAACUUCUAAGAAUCACGAAGCGUCCCAUCCAACAACUGAAUUUCAAACAUCUUCAAAAAAGUCUGAAAAAUCACCAGUGAGAUCUUUAUCGAACUCUUUAAAAAGAUCUUUCAGCUGUUCGUCUAGUAAACAUCAACCGGUAGUUACUUUGGCUUCGGAAUGUAAUGAGAAGCGGGUAGACUUGACGCACGUCGUUCCAGCAACUCCAUUACCUAAAAUGAUGAAUGGCAUAAAGGUAUUACCCGAAGAUAAGGCUGACGAUGAACACAGACUUAUCGCUAGAUACGCCGCUCGUUUGGCUGCAGAUGCUGAAAGACCGUCCAGAUCAACUAGUGAAUUAAAUGCGGCGUCUACUUGUAACCGGGCGCAGCGAGAACUGGUAGCCGAACUUGAGGCAAAAAAUAAACAAAUUCUCGCACAAAUUGAAAGGGUUAAGAGCGAAGCAAAUUCUGAUCCAAAUCCAACGCUACUAGCAGAACUACGAAUUUUAAGGUCGAGAAGAGAUGAGUUGGAAAAUCGAAUGUGUGCUCUGCAAGAGUCCCGCCGAGAAUUGAUGAUACAACUGGAAAGCUUGAUGACACUGCUGAAAACUUCCCCAAGUCAUAGUCAUGGAAGUCAAUCGAAUGCUGGCCAUAUGUCACCAAAAUCACCCGUUAGGUCAGAAGGAUCGAGAUCUUUACGAAAUGACCUUCUCCUAGCUGCUGAUAGUUUGACAAAUGCUAUGUCUAGUUUGGUCAGAGAUUUGCAUUCGGGAGAGUCCGACGAGGAAGAUGAAGAAGACGAAGUCAAUUGGAUGAAGGAAAAAGAAUAUGAAGAACAAUUUAUGAUGGAACUAGCCGCCAGGGAAGCACCGCCUCAGGAAGAGAAAGAAUUGUACGACAAUGAACCCUCAGCUUUAGAAAGGAAUGUUCUAUUAGAAGAUUUACAAACAAAAAUAAUAUCAGACGAUGUAGAAACAGAUGCAGAAAGUUAUAUAAGGACAGACGAUGAUGAUGAUGGAACUGAUUGGGAAGAAGCAAUGAGAAGAUGGGUAAAUCGAUGAGUAGAAUAAUUAUGGAUAAAAAAUUUUUUUUAACAUUCUCCGUUUCAAAGUGAAAAAAUUUUCUUAACUGGCUUACACACAGAAAAGUUGUAAAGCUAUUUAAAUAUAAAAAACAUGCAUUUUUUUUUGUUUGUGAUAAAAAAAGAAAAAGUACGUGUUCGUCUAUGUAAUAUAGGAAUAUAUGAAAUAAAAUCCAAUCAAAAGAAGUAUACUCUAUACAAAAGUAUAUGGAACAAAUAUAAUGCUAUAUAAAUUUACUUCCGUGUUAACAAUGUUAUUUAAAAUAGGAAAUAUACAUAUUAUGUUUAGGUUAUGUAAAAGAGGACAACGCCAAAAAGACUUAUCUCAGCUCAACGUUUCAGUGAUAAAUUAUUAUUAACAUUAUACUUGACAGGAAAAGGCAAUGCUCUGAAUCAAGGAUAAAAGAGUAAAAUUUCAGGCUAACUGAACCCAAUGACAUUGCUUAAUAUAGCGUGAAUAUAAGCAAGUUUUGCUUAGAAAAUUUUACCGUUUCCGUUCUAUAUCACCUUCUGUCGAUUUCUUAACAAAUUAGACUAAAGAAUACACUUAAUUAAAAAUCAUCACCUGUUGGAAAAAGUCUUUUCAAAGUUUGUAGCAUAUUUUUAUUUGCCAAGCGUGAAGCUCUUCUUUAUAAAAUCUAACAAUGAUUUCUUAAUGCUAUUUUUACACUUAAGCGUCAUUUUUUCCAAAGAAUUCUUCAUUAAAUAGGUAGAUAACUGCGGAGAUAGCAAAUACACUUUUUUUUUAUAUAAAAACAUCUAUUGUAAAUUUUGUGUAUGUAAACGGGAGAAAAAUGGAAUAUCAGGUCCCUUCUGCAACAAAAUUUUACCCUUUUAGGUCCAGUGCUCUCGGAGAAAUUUCC